CAUCCAUCGUCAAUCUGUACUCUGCCUGCCCAACAGAAGAGAAUCAAUCGCUCAAUCGUGAUUGUCAUUUAUCAACGGCUCUUCUUCAAGUCAUACCAUGAUCUUCUGCGUAUAGAUUUAGAUCCUGCAUUGCCAUACAGAGCCCCUCUGAACGCCCCUUGACGACCUUCAACCAUGACGGGCUCAGGAUACGACCACUACCACGAUGACGACGACGAUACACCCUCCUUUGACCCUCGAUCCUCGAGCUACGGCGACCUCAAUUUCUUACGAAGACCUGAUACGCCGCCGAGAUCGCCUACGGGGAGUUCGUUUACGUUUACGUCUAGUAUGCAUACCGCACCGUUCCGGGAGGAUGGCGGACGACUUUAUAACGCGGCUCAGGACGAUUAUAGCCUGCCAGCGGAUAUGCAAGAGAUCAACCGUUUGAACAUUCAGCACGUAGCUUAUCGCAAGCGAGUAGGCCAGAACUAUAUCGGACCAGUGGAUGAACAUCUACAAGGACAGCCCGGAAAGAAGGUCUUGGAUAUCGGAUGCGGCACGGGUCUAUGGGCUAUCGAAGUCGGACGGGCGUUUCCUCAGGCGGAGUUUAUCGGUAUCGAUCUAGUUCCCAUCCAGCCCAACGACGACGAAGUACCAGAAAAUGUAUCAUUCGUCCAGGACGAUGUUACGAAAGGGUUACCUUAUCCUGACGAGUCGAUCGAUAUCGUCCACGCAAGACUUCUUGUUGCGGGCAUUCGCGAUUUCCCUGCGCUGGUCAGAGAAAUCGCAAGGGUUCUCAAACCGGGCGGCCUCUACAUGUUCAUCGAGGGUGGGUUUCUGGACGCUGGAGAUCGCCGUGACUUGGACCAAAUCAAGGCGGAUAUGGCGAGACAACAGAAUACUAGCGAGAAUCUCUGGAGACUCGCUCCAGGCGUGGCGGCAUGGGUCGAAUUGACGUCAAAAGCAUUCACCAAACGAGGUCUCGAUCCUCAAGCUGGGUUCAACGUCCCAGAGACCGUCCGCAAAAACGGAUCGUUCGGCAAGAUCCAUACCACGUUGGUCGAUUUGCCAAUGUCCCCAUGGUCGACCGAGCCGACGAUGCGCCAAGUAGGCAAGUUGAUGUAUGCCGAUGGAAGUCAGAUGCCCGAGGCGUCGAAGCUACUGGUCAUCGAUGGCCUCAACAUGAAUCCCAACGAGUAUGCCGAAUAUUCGGCUAGAUUCAUGGCGGACCUCAACGACCUGCGCAAAAAGAUCGUCAUCAUGUUCCCCGCUCACUUUACCAUCAAAGGGGCUUGCUGAGUCGGCAGAGAGAAAGGAAAGCUGGUCUUUCGCUUCUACAAGACCGCUCCGGUGAAAUAUGGCGAAUUGAACGACUUUUUACAACGAUAUUUCAAUGUAUACAACAAAUCUCGGCCUGGUUUGGUCGUUAAUGAUAGAGGCAAGACGAUGCUAGUGGGGGAAUGUACACGAACGAUCC